AUGACAAUGCCAUUCAUUGCACAAUUAAUUAUGAAGAAUGUAAUGGGUAUUUUAUCGGAUCAUUUGAAGAAACGAAAAUUGUUGAAACCAACGAUAGCUUGUAAGAUAUUUCAAGUUACAGGUAAUUUGGUGCAAGCUUUGUCGCUUUUUAUGUUGGCAUUUUUUGUGAAUUGCAAAAAAGGAACGUUUGCAGUUGCAUUACUUGUCUUGCAAGGUGUAGCUGGAGCAUGUGUUGUACCUGGUGUCAUAACAAGUUCUCUUUCGAUUGCACCAUCUCUUGCUGGAACGAUAAUAUCAUUGGUAUUGUUUUUUGGAAAGAUUGGCAGUGCUAUAUCACCUAAUGUGGGAACACUGCAAGAAUGGUCGAAAAUAUUUGCAUCAUCUGCACUUCUCCUAAUAUUUUCUGCUUUAUUUUUUUUGAUAUUUGCUUCCGCGGAGCAACAAAGUUGGAGUUUUGAAAAAAUCACAACGCUCGAUGAAGAAUUUGAUGACAAGGCAGUUGACACUGCUAACAAGCCAAGGUCUAGCUGA